AUGUCUCUAGGAGGUCGGUUAAGGUCCUCACAACGACAGCAGAGGCCGAUCCAAAAUGCUUGCGUGCACACUCUGUCACAAUCGAAGCGUCGUCGUGGGGGAGCUGCUCCUACGGCCCAACAACUUGACAACAGUCAAAGCCACAAUUACAGUAAUCAACAAAGCCAGGGCGUUUCGCAGUCAUCUGGGGCAGGCAUAGUAAUGCCGAUGGAACAUGCCUCAUAUCAGACCCCGUCUACGAGCCAAUCGACCACCUAUAUAGGUAGAGGCCACUACGUCACAGACGACGAUGAGAUAGAUGAGACGAGUGCUCGUGCCUUCGCGCCAGCAAAGAUAAAGAUAGGCCCCCAUGCAAGCACUCAAAGGGAAACAUUAGUUCUGUGGAAAGCUUUAGACAUACCGCCUCUUGCAGCGCGUCAAAGCCUGCUGAGUGCGUUCCUGGACUAUUGCAACUUAUGGACGCCUGUUCUGGAACCAAAAGAUAUUCACGAGCUUUCGUAUUUCGACCAAGAAACUACUUCAUUGCUAGUGGCUCAAUCUUUAUGGCUGGCCGGCAGUCGAGUCACAAAUUCACCUUCUGUGGUUGCCUUUGCAUCUUCGGACGACUUUUAUCACAGAGCCAAAGCAGUCUUCUGGUCUGGAGUAGAGACGGACGGGCUGUCUGCCAUCAAGGCCUCACUGAUGCUUCAAUGGUACAAUCCACAGGCUCCUGAGCAUAUUUCAUUUGACAAUAGUGGGUUUUGGCUCAAGAUUGGGGUCGGAAUCGCCCAUCAGAUUGGCCUGCAUAGAGAAUCCCCUCCAGGGUCGUCUAGGGCAAUACGACGGAGGCUGUGGUGGAGUUUGGUGGUUCGAGACUCACUCAUCUCCGUCGCGCAUGGCAGACCGCGAGUCAUUAAUCUCGAUGACAGCGAUGUGCAGCCUCCGAUACCGAGCGACUUCCCAGACUCGCAGUUCGCGUUCCAGCUAUUCUCGGCCUGGGUGGACAUAUGCCAAGUACUUGGAGACAUAUCAUCUUGCUGCAUAAGACGACACAUGUCACGAACAAAAAGGCUCUACAUUGAGAGCUCAUUGUACCGCUGGGCAACGAGUCUCUCCCAAGAGCUCCAAGUUGCACCCAGCAACCAGCCAACGCACAGCUAUCUUGCAAACAGUCACAACCUACCGGCACGUCAACUGUAUCUACCAUACUUCACUAGCUUAAUAGUGCUUUCCCGUAUGCAACCUGCGCACUCGGGAGGAUCGGUGACUGCGACGUUGGCUGCAUCGUUCGUCGCCCGCAUUUUUGAGGAUUUCCUGGCCAGAGACGAGAUCAAAGUCUUAGCACCGAUCAGCACUCGGUACUGCCUCAUUUCGAGCAUGGCGCUGGUCUCGGUCAUGCCUAAUAAGCGACUGUGGGAUGCUGUACAGCCGGAUCUGGAGAUACUCCAGCUUGCGCUCACAGAACUUUCAAAGCGUUGGCGGUCAGCAAUUGGGGCUUCCAGAGCUCUCCAAAAUGCCAUUAAUAAGAGGCGACAACAUGAUAGACCUUGGCUAUUGCCGCAUAUGGAGCACUCUUAGCCAGCAGAUGUCCUCCAGCCCGCUGGCUACCCAAGAGCAAAUUCCAGAGCCUAUACAACCACCCGGCAACGACGCGUUAGCGACCGACCCGUUCAUGGAUCCAGGGGAGGCGCUG